AAAUGUGAACACCCUGAUUCACCACCCACAACCCAAAUUAGCAACCAAAAGACUCACAAUUAACUCAUCUAUCUUUAGUGGCGCUUUUGCUACGGCUCACUUCUGCAGGCGACGAUUCCAAUGGCGAACUUGAAGGCGGAUUCUCCUCUUUGUCGUCGCAUCGUUGCCUCUUUCCUCAACUUUCUCAAUUCUGUUGAACCUAGUUCUGUUAGUGAUGUUGAAAGUCUUGAAGUUGCUAGAGACUGCUUAUCCGAAGCGUUCAAGAUCGGCCCAUCAGCUACUUCUAGCGUGCCAAAAUCCGAAUCUCUGGUCCAUAUUUUCACUUCACAAACAGGACCGAACAAUGAGAUUAAAUCAGAUCAAGUUAAUGCGGAAUCUCAUGCAUCGUCCACAACUAACGCCCCUGUUGUAAGUGAGGAUGAACUUUUUGUUCAGUUUUUCGGCUCCCUUGAAAAGGUUCAUUAUUUUGGGACAACCAGCGGAGAUGAUGAACAUGUUCUUGAUAGAGCUACACAGUUGUUUCACAAUGCUUUGGUGGAAAUGAAAAAUUCUGAACGUGCAGAAAUUAAUCUUAAAAACUUGGCUGAUACCUUCAAAUUGCAAGGUAACAAGGCUAUGCAAUCAAAGGUCUACUCGGAUGCAAUCGAGCUUUACACCAUUGCUAUAGCACUUUGUGAUGAUAAUGCUGUUUAUUAUUGCAACAGGGCAGCUGCGUACACCCAGAACAAUCAGCAUACAGAAGCGAUCCAUGACUGCCAUAAAGCAAUUGCAAUCGACCCAACCUAUAGCAAGGCUUACAGUCGUCUAGGGUUUAGUUAUUAUGCUCAAGGAAAUUACCGGGACGCCAUCGAAAAAGGAUUUAGAAGAGCUUUGCAGUUGGAUCCAAAUAAUGAAUCUGUAAGAGGAAACAUUCAGGCAGCUGAGCAGAAACUCAGAGAAGAAUAUCGAAGAGCAGAACGAGGCCGGAGUUCAAGUUCCUGGGGUUAUUCAAACGGGGGGUCAAGGAGCCACGGGCCGAUUCCACCUUUCCCGGGGUUCCCGACCAGUAUGGCUGAAUCUGUUGAUAUGUCAAGCUUUAUGGCAGACCUUAGUUCCAGAAUGCAGGCGGGUGAUGGUGGCCCCGGAAUAAGAAGAAUGAACACUGGAGAUGACUUGCCACCUGGAGUAACAAGAAUCAACCCAGGAGAUGACUUGCCUGAGGAGAUCAUUGAGGGUAUAAGAUCUGCAAUGCAGAUGUUUCAUGAACGCGAUGGAACAGCGGACAACUCUGAUGGAAACUAACUUUUCGUGUUUGUUUGUUUGUUUGUGCUGAACGUAGGUUUUGUCGUUCAAAAAUUGUUUAUUAUAAGGUUAAAAUUUUGGUAAGUUUGCAUAUGUUUAUACAUUGGGAGUAUUUGGCACAACACAGUUUGAACAAGUUUGAUACC